CUGGGCGGUCUUGCACUUCUAGCUCAUUUUAUUGCCGAUCGACUUCAUUCGAAACUUCCUCUACAUUUCGAUGGACAUGUGUCGAAAGGAUACGAGAGUGUUCAGAAGGCAUUCGAGCAGAAUUUCAUCGAUGGUUGGGAGUCCGAAGGAGCAUCAUUUGCAGUGUAUGUGAAAGGUCAAAAGGUAGUGGACCUGUGGGGAGGAUAUGCCGACAAACAAGCGGCCCGCAUUUGGAAGGAGAAUACCAUUUCGGUGGCAUUUUCUACGACAAAAGCCGUUGCAGCUGUUUGUAUAGCGAUGCUUGCUGACCGAGGACGUCUCAAGUACGACGAUCUCGUCUCGAAACACUGGCCUGGAUUUGCCAAGAACGGCAAAGAGAACAUCACUAUUGAAUGGGUUAUGUCACAUAUGGCUGGGCUACCAUACUUCGAUACACAAAUUACUGAAGAGAUGGCAAGGGACCACAACCUCAUGAGGAAGGUGAUCGAAAACGAGACGCCCAAACGACCGGCUGGGAAAAGUAGUGGUUAUCAUCUGCUCACCUACGGAUGGCUAGUGGAUCAGAUUGUAAGGCAUACGGAUGAGAAACACCGAGGAGUUGGACAAUUUCUCAGGGAAGAAAUUACCAAACCGAAUGGCUCAGUCAAAAUCCCUUUUCAGAACAGCGCUGUGAGAAAGGCAAUGGAUAAUCCAUCAUGGUUCGAUGUAGCCUACAAGUGCACCGUGAACAAUCCUGAACAACAUGCACUGGAACAAGCAGCCGCAACUGGCAUCGGAAACGCUCGAUCGCUAGCUGCUAUAUUCAAU